AUGCAAAGAGCAGAUUUCAAUACGGUCGUAGACAAUGCUUUGCAAUGUUUUAGGGGAUAUGGUAUCCCUGAUUUAUAUCUGGCUGCCAAACUCAAACAUCUCAAAGAAUGCUUGAAGAAAUGGAGACUCACCUCAUUCUCAAAAGAAAAAAUAGAGUUAUAUCCGAUAAAAAAGCUUGUUAACUCGUUGGAUAUGGCAGCUGAAUCAAGAACCUUGACGUCUGUAGAGAUGAAUCAACAUAAGGAUGGGAACCAAAAAAUUAUUGAGUUGGAGAAAUGGGCAACCCUUGAUCUCAAACAAAAAUCACGUAUUCGAUGGACAGUUGAUGGGGAUAAGAAUACCUGUUUAUUUCACGGUCAUGUGAACAAUAACAACAGGAAAAAUACCAUAUAUGGCCUAACAAUCAACGGUGCUUGGUCGACAGAUGUGCAGGAAAUUAUGGGUGAAGCAUUUAGAUUCUUUGAACAAAAAUUCAAGGAACGUUGGCCCAAAAGGCCUAAACUAAUCAGUAAUCAGUUUAUGACCCUUUCUGAAGAGGAUAGCGGGAACCUGGAGAAACCUUUCACACUUGAAGAGAUCAAGUCAGCCAUAUGGGCUUGUGGAAAUGAAAAAGCCCCAAUGCCCGGAUGGUUUUACUUUCAAAUUCAUCAAAAAUCAGUGGGAAAUGCUUAA